GACGUCACAGUGUAGCCCCUCGCGGUUCCGGCGCUCUCUGCGCUCUACUCUCUUCAGUGCGCGGAGAGCGAGGCCGCAGUUCGCAGCUCCCAUCCGAGAGAGACGCAAGCGAGAGAGCCGCCGAGUGACGACGUCUCUUUUAACCGCACGCGCGCGCGCGCUUUUCUACACAAACUCGUCGUCGUUGUUGUUAUAUCGUUGUUGCUCCAUACGCACGUACUUUCUCUCACGCAUCGUCCUUCCGCGUCGCGCGAGAGAGCUAUCGCCGUACCUAACCUUGUUCGCGUCAGUGCAUCAGCGGUCCUGGCAGUAACACACGAGGAGCUGUAACACACAUAACUCGGUGCUCGCGACGAGAGAGUCUGCUGAUAUACACGCGUAUAUUACAAAGUGCGAGUGCUCACUGUGACCUUGGCCGCUGCCAUGCCGUCGUCGUCCACGUGCUGCUGCCACGACGAGCGGCCGUCGCCUGCGGGCUUUUUAUACCACUGGUAAACGCGCCAGUCCUCGUCUCCUCGUCGCGUGUGUGCUCAACCUUAUACGUUUCUACCUCGCUCUCUCUCUCUCUCUCUCUCUAUCUCUCUCUCUCUCUCUAUCUGGUGUACGAUAUCCCGAAGUAGUAUCGAUGCGAGACGCGCUGCUGUCGACUGGGCCGUAUCGUAGUCCUCCCGCCGUCGUUCGCUUUUUAUGGUGCGUGUCGAGUAUUCAUGUUGUGUGCUGAAAAGCUGUAUAAGUGGUGAGAAGCGACGAGGCUGUGCCGACGAGAAUAAGAGCAAGAAGAAGAAGAAGAAGACGGAAGAGCUACUGCUGCUGCAGCGUCGGAUCGCCGCGAACACGCGGACGCCAACGGACAGCGUGGAGCGCGAGGCGGCGCUACUCUGGCCGCGAGCCGCGGACCUGUUUUCCUAUCAACCAGGCUGCGCCUUUCUGACCUACUACAGCCGUGACAGUGCAAUCAGCGCCCAGAACGCUCUGCAUGAGAAGCGGACUUUGCCAGGGAUGAACCGUCCUAUCCAAGUGAAACCGGCGGACAGUGAAAACCGCGGAGACCGUAAGCUGUUUGUGGGUAUGCUCAGCAAGCAACAGACAGAAGACGAUGUACGCCAGUUAUUCACUGCUUUUGGAACAAUAGAGGAGUGCACCAUCCUUCGUGGACCCGACGGUACUAGCAGAGGUUGCGCAUUUAUCAAAUUCUCAACGCACCAGGAAGCACAGAGCGCGAUUAACUCAUUGCACGGGAGCCAAACUAUGCCGGGUGCGUCAUCCAGCCUAGUGGUGAAAUACGCGGACACUGAGAAAGAGAGACAGCUAAGACGCAUGCAGCAAAUGGCCGGGAACAUGAGCCUCAUUAACCCUUUCGUCUUCAAUCAGUUCGGUCCCUAUGGCGCUUACGCACAGCAACAGGCGGCGCUCAUGGCAGCCGCGACGGCCCAGGGCACGUACAUCGGACCGAUGGCGGCCUUGGCGGCAGGACAACUUCCCCACGCGCUCAACGGUACGGGUACGGGCCAACCGGUGAAUGGAGCGCUACCGUCGCUGCCCUCGCCGACGAUGCCCAACUUCAAUAUGGCGGCGCAGACGCCAAACGGUCAGCCGGCCGGCACCGACCCCAGCGUCUACACGAAUGGCAUACCCCAGACAUAUGCGGGACAUGCCCUUCAUCUGUCCAUUCCAGCACAAGGUCUGCCCAACGGGGAGGCGGCACUUCAGCAUGCCGGUUAUCCAGGCAUGCAGGCCUACCACGGCGUCGCUUAUCCCGCCGUCUACGGCCAGUUUCCUCAAGCCAUUCCCCAGCCGAUGACCACGGUGGCGCCACAGCAGAGGGAAGGAUGCUCUAUAUCAGGACCUGAAGGCUGCAACCUCUUCAUCUACCACCUGCCCCAGGAGUUCGGCGACGCCGAGCUCAUGCAGAUGUUCAUCCCGUUUGGCAACGUCAUCUCCUCCAAGGUCUUCAUUGACCGCGCCACCAACCAGAGCAAGUGCUUCGGUUUCGUGUCGUUCGACAAUCAGCAGUGUGCGCAGGCGGCGAUCCAGGCGAUGAACGGCUUCCAAAUAGGGAUGAAACGGCUGAAAGUACAACUGAAGAGGCCCAAGGACGCCAGCAGGCCGUACUAACCCACGUCCUAGCCUAGACAAGCAGUUCGGGUUGCGCCAUACGUUAUAACCUACAAAAUAUCGCACGAAAACGCGAGUCCACUGGAUACUCGUGCAUAAUAUGAAUGAAAAGUUUGAACCACCGCUGCAACGCUUUCAACCGUAAAAAUCUAGUAUACUAGUUAGUUAAUUCUUUAGGGUUAAAAAAAAUUACUAGAGGUCGUAGAAGGAGUGAAGAGUCGAAGGUGGAGCUUCACUAGGAUCAAAUGCGAGAGUAGCGGGGCAGCAAGACCGUAACGACGAUGAGAACGAAGAGGCUCGCGCGGGGAAGCGAACGCGCGAUCCGAAGAGUUUCGAACCGAAGAUCCGAAGACCGAACGAGCGCAAAGAAGCGGCUAUGAAUGAGUCAAGAGAAUGAGAUGAGAAAGUGACGAAAGGUUUGCAGAAGACUAUCGUCGACUCACACCAAAGUAUGCAAUGCUCUUUGCGCUCGAAGCGUCGCUAGUCAAAAUAUACUUACCGAUAAUUAACGAUGUGCAAAAUGAAAGCUAAAAAGAAAGAGAGGGAGAAAGGGAGAGAGAGAGAGAGAACUUUUCUCGUUCGAUCCGUCAGCGCGAGGUUCUCGUCUAGUCGUACGGGUAUAUUUUAAGGAAAGGGUAAGCGCCGCCCGCUCCCUAUCCCCUAACUCCCCCCCCCCCCGCGUGCACAUAUGCACAUAUAUACACAUAUACAGCGGAAUCUAACAUAUAAAUAUAUAUUAUACAAAUGAAGAUAAUGAAAGAAGAAAAAAAAUGUCAGAGAUAAGCUGAAAAAACAAACGUCCCUCGGGAGCUUUCUUAGCUAUUAAGUCCUGUUUAAAGAAGUUGAGGCGAGAGAAAAGAUAAAGUGAGACUGCUGACCGAUGUCGGUACACAACAAACAAAAAAAAAAAAAAAAAAAAAAAAAUAAUCCGUCGCGCUCUCUUUCGCGAGCGCGCGCGUUACAACACACUUCAACUGUGACUGCCGUAGCAGCGAGCGGACACGACAAAUUUCAAACCGAGAGAGUCCCCUCACCCGACCCCACCCACCUUCGAAAUCGACUAAGACUACUACUACUAAUAAAUAAUGAAUUAAAUAAUGAAUUAAUUAAAAACUACUACUCGAACACGUAAAGAAGUAAGCUUAGGUUACCAAAAAAAAAACGCGUCCAUCGGGCGAGAGAGGGCGCUAGCGCGACGUCGCGCGCUCUCGCGGCUGUACACAUACACGAUUUUUUGCUUAAACGACUAUGUAAUAUGAUACAUUAUAUUAUUAACGAUAAUACUAAAUAUAUAUAUAUAUAUAUAUAUAUAUAUAUAUAUAUACACAUACAUUAUUGAUUAUAUAUCGCGUCGAUCGGCCAAACUCUUUCGAUGGGCGACUUCGGGUCGCGCUCUCUCGCCAGACCGGUCGCUAUAUAUACAGGGGACUCUGCGCCGUUGUUGCGCAGGCAUCAUUUUAAAGAAGUAGUAAAUAUAGCGUUGAUUAAACAAAAUUGAAAAAAAUAUAUAACAAAUAUAUACCGAUAAAAAAAAAAUGAAGCCACGCCAAUUCUAGUCACAUUAGUCAAAGGCGGGUUAUUAUUAUAUAUAUUACAUUAUAUGAUAUAUCUAUAUUAACGAGUCGAGAAUCGCGAAAGAGGAAGAGGUUGAAGAAAUAAAAACAGAACAACGGGACUGAGGACGGGGCGGGCAGUGCCGAUCCCGAUACUCUCGGUCGGUCAUUCAGUCCCGGCCCGCACUUUUAGAUUAUUAACAUAUAAAUAUAUGCAUAAACAAGAAUAUAUUAUAUAUAUAUAUAUUGCGCGAUAUCACGAUUUAAAAAAAUAUUAUUAAAUAAAACAAUGUAGGUUUUAUAAAUGCCGCGAUGUAACGAGGGAAGGGCCGCUCUAGUGUCUUUAUUAUGAACGCUGGCGGUUCUUUGCAAAUAAAAAAAUUAGAGCCCCUCGGAAGGCCAUUUGCGACAACCGAAUUUUUCUCAUUCUCGAGCGGCUGAGAAUCGAACACUAUACACGAUAUUUAAUAAAAAAAAUUUUAAAAAAACAAACAAGUGAGGGAGUGUUUUUCCGAAAUACAUCGAGCGCGUCGCACGUUCGAUCGUCAUUGUGUACACACGUCCAUCCGUUUUUGCGCGUCAGUCGAUGAGAAAAACAAAAGCCAUAAAAACAGCAGCAGCGGUGUCUUUCGCAGUUCUGAUGUGUGUGUCUCGUAAAAUAUGUGCAAUCCAUGACUGUCCGCGGCUCUUGAUUGCGAUCGGCGAGCAGAAAUUUCGAGCCCGCGUCCAAAGUACGCGAGUUCGAAUCCUUCAGCCACAAGUUACGCGCCGAUUCCCGGGAUGCCAAAUAGGCUGUGAUUUAACGAAAAAUAAUUACGAAAUUAACAAGAGUGCUUCGAUCUCUGUAUACAAACGCCGACACAUUCACGCCGACGCGUGGAAUCGAAACAUUCGAAUCUCUCAGCGCGCACCUGAUCGCGUAAGUCUGCAAUCUUAACUAACGAUGGCGAUACCCUCCCGAAAUGUGCCACACAUACACACCGUAACGGACGAUUAACGUUGAGUUGUUGUCAAGUUCAUAUAAUAACUGACCCGUCUCACGAAGUUCUUGACACUUGCGAAUAACACUUGUCCCUUGACGUUUUGUACUGUAUAACCGUGAAUUUUUCUAUAAAUGGGCUUUUCUUCUUCGCGGGAUUGCAGUUCUUCACGGCACCGACGCACUGACACGCGAUUAUGAAUGACAGGUGCGCGGGCGCGGACGCUUCGAGGCCAUGCGAUCGGUUAGCGCGUGCGCAUACACAACUGUUGAGAUCGCGCGGCAACUGCCGAUCGCUGGUGAGGGGAUUUGAACUUGUGACCCUAGGGUUGGUGUGAACAUGUAGAUCGAGCGAAAGGAAACUCGCGAUGCGAGCGCGCCGAGAUCCAUCUUCAACUAGUAAUGCUUAGCCUUUUUCCUUCUUGGCUCUCGGCAGCGCUCGGGUCGCGAACGCCGUAACCUCGGAUAUAAAAACCGUUACAAUUUCAAUCCGUCGGUUGAGAUAGAAAGAGCGAGAAGCGCCAAAAUCUGAGACACAGACAGGCAAAAAAGGGAGAGGAACCAUCUCACGCAGAGACGAGGAUAGAUGAUAUGAUAAACACAUACAAGCCGCGAACGCGCGUCCACUUAGUGCUACGCGAAAAAACGACUCCCGAACAUUUCAUAGUUUUACGGUAGGAAGCGAAAAGUGGUUCAAGCCGGGGUAGGCUAAUAUAAUGCUUUUAUUCCUUGAGGUUAUAUACAGUCGCGGGAGACACGUACACGUACACCUACAGAGAUUAUAUAAUCGUGAGAAUUUUAGCGAAAAGUUAUUAUACAAGAAUCUAUAUAGGAGGGAAAAGCGGAAAAUUUGAACGAGAGUGAAGGGGCAUUUACGCGAAGAAUUUGAUUGAUUCUCCGCUUAUAACUGCUCUUUUAUUCUCGUUCGAAUCUUUCGCUUUGAUUCCCUGUUCUCUUGAGAUGUUCUGUAAGUAGCUUCAAGGUUCAGUUUUAAACACGAAAAACCGUUCUGUCUCUUCCAUCAGCUAUCGGUAGAUACGGCGGACGGCAGCGCAAGCAAACUAAAAAAAAUCACAAGCAUACUAAAAUUGAAGUUAUAGUAUACUACGACGAACGUGGGGGUUGGCGAGCGAAGCGAGCAGGGGUGGUAUCCCCCUAGUUAUUAAUAACAUGAUUAUUAUUAUGACGAUUAUUAUGAUUAUUCUUAUUGAAAGACGUAUAUUAUAUAUAAAUAUUAUAAAUAUAUUAAAGAAAAAAAAAUAACAAAAUAAUAUUAUAUUGAUCCUGAAGACAACUAGCGACUUAGUAAAUUAUUCUAGCUUUAGCUGAAAGACAAAUUCACAUCAAUGAAUUUAUUAGUUCGUGAGUGAGAAACAGCGAGAAAAAGAGAGAGCAAGAGAGCGAGAGAAUGCUGCGAGAGAAUCAGGUAGAGCGAAGAAACGGAAGCUAAUAAAGGCUAUGAACCUUGUGCUCGCCGACUUUUUUCUUCGGCCGUCAUGUAUAAAAAGGCUGAUAAACGUGAGGUCUCGAGAAUCUCGUCCGCAGCGGUAUAUUAUCGAUUAUACACGUACUUAAAAGUAAAAAAAAACGCAAUCUUUCAGCUGGGUUUUAGUCAAUUUCGGGAAGUACUUAAAAGAUGAUGAAUCAUUAUUUCGCGCGCACGCAUGGCAUUCUCGAGCGAGCUCAGAUAAAAGCAUCCACGAACGUCGUUGUCAACGGGCGAAAGCUAAACGGAAGGUUCACAAUUUCACACCAGCUUCACAGGCUAUCGUGUCGAAGGAAUUUCGAAAUAUCCGAGGAGAUUUCAGAAAAUAAGAGAAAACAAACAAACAAGUGCCAAGGACUCGUCCACUAGUCGGAAAGCGAAAGACUGAUCUUCCGUUUGGUUUUUCAAGUUGUAUCACAUAUAAAUCUCGGCAGCCUUUUCGGGCGGGGGCUUGAUUAUUGAAUAAUACACGGGAAUUGCAAGUAUAGCUUAAUUGGGGGGAUCUGGAUUGGGGCAAUUCACUGGCGAGAUAUUGGAAGCGAACGCUAUAAUGAUUGAAGAAUUGUAUAUCGAUACUCGAUCGCACUUAUCAUGCUAACGAUAUUAACGCUAUAUAAUUAUAAACCGAAUAUGAUUAAAGGACAAGAAUUCGAAUGAUUAAAAAGAAAAACAAUUAGUCACAAUACGUAAAAUACACGCUGCAGAUAUACAUGAAACAGUCAAAUAGUAUAAAAACAUACAAUGCGCAUAUAUUCUUGUCAUUUUUGAGGAAAUUGAAUUUCUAACGAGCGUAGAGACACAGAGCGACGAACGUUUAAGCUAUUGCGAAUACUACGUCGGAAAUUAGGAAAAGUGGAAUGCGAGAGUGCGAGCGAGUGAGAGUAUACAAGAUCGAGAAAAGAGGAUGCGAGAGAGAGAGAGAGAGAGAGAGAGAGAGAGAGAGAGAGAGAGAGAGAGAGAGAGAGAGCUAGAGAGAGAGAGCGAGCGAAGGAAAUAUAUAAUAUAAGCCUUACAGAAAAAUGCUACUGAUAUGCGACAAAAGAGAAAAAAAAGAAUUGUAUAACCGCAAAAGCGUCGAAUUUUUCCGGGUUAUAGAGAGCAACCGACCAAUCCAUGAAAAUCACAUCUCACAUGACUCACACAUAUUAUACACACCGACAUUGAUGAUAUAUACAUACUCUUAUGUGCUACUUCUCUCUCGAGGUCAGUCGAGAAGUCGUGGCGCCAUGAUUUUCUAACGUAUAUCGAGGAUUUGAUUUGUGGAGAGAUUUGGGGUCUGUUGCGCGUGUCUACCUUCACGAGAUAUAAUCCGCAGACUAAAACUGAACAAACAAACAAACAAACAAAAAAUGACGAGAAGGAAAACAAGCUAACCAUAUUUUUAACUAACAACCAUACUCAUAAUAUUUUUUGCAUGCGAAACUAAAGUUUUUUGUAUACAUUAUACAUCAGAAUAUAUUUUAUCUGAACGAAUAUAUAAGCACGACCUUUUUGUUGAUAUAUAUAUAUACGGAGAUACGAACUAUGUAGAAAAAGGCUGUAAAUGAAAUUUUUAAUAAAGGACAACAUAUUUCGUUGAACGUUCUGGCAAAAUUUUAUUCUUCUCAUACACCAAAUUAUUAAUAAAAAAAACGUUAUCCUCGCCUUUGUGUUUCAGGCGAGGAAAACGAAAAAAUCAUUAAAAAAAAAAGAAUUUUCAGUUGUAGUUUGAUUUCCAGUCACCUCUCUCUCUCUCUCUCUCUCUCUGUAUAGCACACUGAAUCAGUAGUAUUUUUCUGCAGGCUGUGCGAAAAACGAUCGCGAUUUUUUCACUCGGAAAUGCCUUCGCCGAGGAUUACAACGCGGUGUGAGGAUUGUGCGAUGCCUCUCCUCCCUCGGGGGACGCGCGGCGCAUCAGGAGUAAAAUCCAAAGAGAUAAAGAGGAUAUCGGCUCGAAAAAGCCGUCGCUGAAUUGGUCCUCCGAUAAAAUCGGCGAUUUUCCGACUCCUCCGAAGGGGGAAAUAGACUGGAGGCUUUUUAUCGCGCGAGAUUUGGCAAAGUGUGUAGAAGGAGACGAGAAAGUGGGACGAGUUUCACGUGUAGCCAAUUCGGUUCGCGUUGGCUUUGAUCGGUGGGGCGAUAAUCGUUGAGCUAUGGGAAUCCAGGAAAAAGAUCGAGAAACCGUUAUCGUGAUAAGAUAUAGCGCUAAAAAUAGAGUUUGAGAAACAAGCUCGUCAUGCGCUCGAAGAAUGACAGACGAAUAUUAAUUAGAUGUACUGAUCGAUGUUUAUCUGCAGAUAAAUGCUUGAUACCUUCACGCGUACAGACUCUUUGAUUUGUUAAUUAUAUGGCUUUUGCGAUUUUGAAUUUCACUUGGUUCGGGGCGAUGUCAUCUCGCGACACACGUGUCACACACACCCACACAUACUCGUGGCAUCAAUGAAUAAUAUCACUACAAUAUAAGCUUAAUAUAGAGAUAACAAAUGUUUCAAAAGUAUAUUACACUGGACACUGAAAUAGCGUUUAAUGCAGCCAUAGAGAAAAUAUAAUAUGUAUCAUAAUGAAGUACUGCGAAGGAAAAGAGAGGACAGAAAACGAAAGAACUAUUUUAUUCAGAACAAGUUUUUGCUACAACCAAAAGAGUGCGUGCGAGCAUAUAAUAAUGUAAAUGAGCGAAAGAAAGUAAGCGUAUUUAAAUAAAAAUAUAUAUGAGUAUAGGAAAACCAUAGAGAACCAUAAACCUGAGUAUAAGUCAGCUAAGGAAGUAUUAGAAAACUGCAGAUUACAAAGACUAAAAGAAAUAUAGAGAAAAAAUGUAACGGCGUGACGGAAGUAUAUAAAAGUGAUGAAGAUCAGCUUUGAAUUUAUUUUUACACGAUCAGCGACGACGAACGCGUCACGGCGCAGUAAGAGAAAAUUAAAAAAAAAAAUAAUAUAUGCGUACGUUGGUGUUCUGUAUCUCGGAGUCGCGCAGCGAAAUCCGAACGACGCACGGUACACGAUACUUUUACUCGCACUCGCCAUACAUAUGUAACACGAAAAACAAAAAUUGCAGAGGCCGUCCGUAGACUGUUUUCCAAAAAUGAGGAGAAUAAAAAAAUAAAAAUCGAUAACUUCGAGGUGAAAACUCUGACGAGGGCGACAGUGUACGUACGAACCUCGGCACGUAAAGUCAUUCGAGACUACCUAUAUAACGAUAAGCCGUAAAACACCGUGCUUUUAUGGACAAUUUUUCGAAUACAAAGUAUCGUCGCGUCUCUCGAAUCCGUUCAAUAUACCAAACGGACGCCACGAUGGGGCAGAGAAUGGGAAAAAGCAAACAAUACGCAAGCGACGAAAAAUUAAUGUUAACGAAAUAAAAGCACUGUAAGAUAAAGAUAAAAAAAUACAUUAAAAAAUAAACCAAAGCAGUCAGCCCUGGCACACAGCCUCGGUGAUUCUAGGAAACAGGGUAUGUUUUUUGCAGUUAUUCGCGUAAAAAUACACGUCCUAAACAAAUACACGGGAGAGAAGGAGAUAGUCUCUUCUUCGUCUUCUUUCGCUUAUUGCUACUUCCCAGUGUGAAAGAGAGCGAGAACAAGAUAGAGUCAGCCCCUUUUACACGGCGCAGGUAUUACAUAACAGAUGCCUUGGUCGCGCUUUUUAUCGGAGCUACAAAAAUAUAUAAGAAAAAAGAAUUGCAUUACAUAGACUCGGCCACGCGCGAACGUCACAAUCACGUAGAUUAUUAUGUAUAAUGCCAAAUUUCGUCGCGUAUAUACAGUUGAUAAUACCGAUGCAGCUUUCGAUCGAUCUCAUAAUAAUUUUUUCAUUUUAUCCUCGACGACUAUACGGAUCGUCGAUAUAUACAGAUUAUAUUCUGCACUUGAGAGGGGACAGAGGCCAGUACUAGGGAAAAUAUUCUACGCACUUUUACCAAUUGUAAUACUCAUCAGUAUAUGUAUAAAAAUAGCGGAAGGAUUUUUGCGUUUCAGCUGUAAUAUUAUAAUAAUACGAAAUAACUAAGGUGCUAUCUUCGCUGCUCUGAUGUACUGAAAGAACCAGAUGACUAUAGUAUUAUCGUAUAUCGAUUUCAUGAUUGUAUCAAAAAAGGAGAAAUUCCUCGUCAUCUGAUUUUUUCGACGUUAAGGAUAUACUCGCAAAUUUCAUCAAAAAAAAAAAAAAAAAAAAAAAAAAAAAUCACGAACAAAAACGGUGCAAGCUCAAUGAUUCUUCGACUGAUUCUCAUAGGCGCGCUCGCGAUUCCUCGAACUAUAUACUCAGAUGUUUAAAGCGAGCAAAUUGACAAAAAUCACAUAUCUCUCGAGCCGCGGGUCAUGAUGAAAAGACCAGGCGAAAAUUUGCUUCUUCCCCGCUCUGUGUUUCGUAUCUAUAUACGUUCGAGCCUCUCACACCCGGCCCCACAUUCCGAUCACUUUCCGGGACCAAUUUUCACUUGUUCUCUCGACGAAGCUUUGCUACGUAACGAUAUAUGCCUCUCUUAUACAUAUUAUACACACAUUUUCUCGAUUUUUGCUAUAACCCUCUAUACCACCACCUGUUGUAUAUUUCGCUGGCUGGCUGCAUUCUUUUCUUUCGCUUCAAAAUGAGCGAGUCAUUAUUAAUACAAAAUAGACGAGAGAUUUUGGCCUAUCGUUUUCAAUCUCGUUCCGACACCUUAUAUUAUUAUUACAAACGAACUAGACAGAAGGGUAAUUCGAUGAAAAUCGAUCACUCAUGCGGUAAACACAGAGACUUUAACCCGAAUUACCGAGAAACAAAGAAAAUAUAAUAUUGAAGAAAAAAAUAACAAGGGCCGAGAAUACAAGACGCAAGCAUAGUAAUUUUCAAAGCGCUUUCCGAGAGAGAUGUAGCUAAAUUGCAGUAAUAUAUAGAGACGCGCUGAUAACAGGCCACAGUUAUAUAUAUAUAUAUAUACAUAACGUAGUUUGUAGCGUUGAUUACAUGUAAUAAUCGAGCAAAUUCGAAAUUCACGCCACGAGUUUUCAGUUUCGAAUUACACUAGAACGAUGAUAACCAGUACAGGGAAGAACGAUCGAAUGAGACGAGAAUAGGGGUGUAAUAUCGACUGCAUGAGAAAAUUAUGAAUCGAAGGAAAAAGUCGAAAAAUUCUAUGUAGCAUAGUUUUAUAUGUAUGUAUACAUAGCGAACGGACAGUCGUGCAUGUAUAUGUAAAUAUACCGAAGACACCAUAGAACGUCGGAAAAUCGCUCAGAAUUACACGCUGAAAUAUAUGGAUCGAAGCGCGAAUCGAUGCCAAAAUGACAAAAUUAGCGAUACUUGCGCAUUGUCUCGCGGUAUCGUUGACUAUAUAAAUUAUAUAGCUGAGAGGAGAGAAAGAACACUUGACAUUAGUGCGCUGACACGCGUUUAAAAGUGUUCCUAAUCCCCGAGCCCGUACAUAAUGAAAAUAAAAAAUGAUAAAUCUGAGUUGCGCAUGAUGAAUUCAUUGCAUGGCGAUUAUUAUAACUAUAUCGUGUAAGUAAGUCAUUACGAUUAAGAAAAUAAAAUAAUGAUAUGAUUAUAAUGAUAACGUUAACAUAGUUAAGGAAGCAUACUAAUGAAUUAUAACAUAACGAUAAAUAAUAACACUAGUAAUAAUUACGAUAACGAUAUAUAAUGAGAUAAAAUGAUUAGCGUAAAUAACAUAAAUACACUAUAAAUAAUAUAAAUAUAUAAAUACGAUUAUAUAUGAUAUAUCGACUCGGCAGGAAUGCUAAAAUGAGAAAAAAUAUAACAUACAAAACAUAUUUUAAAUAAUUAAUCGCCAAAAGUUUUUAAACUUAAUUCAGUGGGAUGAUGAUGAAGAAAACACACUUAGCGCGUAAGAUCGAUGAUUAUUAUACAUAGCGUAAAUAAUAUGAAAAAAAAAAUUGAAAGUGGACUCUAAAAUUAAUUUUAAAAAAUCUGCGCGGGUGGCUCGGGCGGGAUGACAAACACAACAAACAAAACAUAAACAAAACUCACAGGGGAUAUAACGAUACAGAGAGAUGAACACGUUAUCAAGGGACAAACAGACAAAAAAAACAGUGUAGAGUUAUAUAAAAGUAUAACAAAAAACGAUAUCUGUGCAAUUGUAAGAUCAUCGUUGCGACGCGCGCACCGAGUCUCUCCGAUUUUAACCGCAUCAUGGCGAUUUUAAUAAUAAAUUAAACCAAAAAAACAAACGCGAGUAACAAGCAGCACGCGUGUAAAAAAAAGAAAGAGAUAGAAAGUGAGAGAGGAAAAAAGAGGUCAGUUCUCGCGUGGAGCUUUUAUCGGCGCGCCAAGCGCGAAUUUAUCGGGGAUCGCUUUUUUCCAAUAGACCGAAUCGGGAGUGCGAGCGAGCUUUCUCUCGUAUAAUUUAUAAGCAGCGGCCGACCGCGCGCAACAGUUGGCCAACAAGUGGCUCUUUCGCGCCGCGAGCCUUGCCAGACGCACGAAUUAUACUCAAACUACUACAUACUGCACUAUACCAGCGCGCUUGUGUGUGUCGUCACGCACACCUGUACGAGCUUCGGGGAUUAUUUGAACGACUAAUUUUGCGGGCGCGUAUGUAUAGGUAUUUACUCGCACAGCUUUCGUGGAAACGAUCGAAAAUUUCGCGUGUGAAAAAUUUGAAUUUUCGAACGGCGCGCGGGAAAAGCUCGAACGAGAGAACUGCAGAGAAGUUAUAUUUUUACAAGAUAAGCGCGAUGAAUUUUUAAAUGGAAGAAUUUCUAAUUCGAUUACUUAUAUAAUACGGAGAAAAAAGCAAAUCCAAGAGAUGACGUCGCGCGUCGCCUGAACCUUUUAUGCGACUGUUUUUUAUACGCUCUAUUCGAUUUUUUUUCCUGUCUUCAAGCUCGUUCCGAGACGAGAUCUAAUAGAUUCACACAGACACAGACACACACAUACACACACACACACACACACAUACAGACAUUUACAGGGGAAAAUUUGUAAUAGCGUUUCACGCAUAAAAAUAAACGUAUAAUCUUGCUUUGGAUGACUAAAAGGGAAAGUGCGAUGAUUGUCAUGAGUUGACGGACCGAAAGCGGGAUGACAAUGAUUCGUAGAUCGAUGCGGUUUUUUCUUUCGUUGUAUGAUAGUCGGCUUUAUCAUUACAUACACGCAGAUAUAAAAUCUAAUAACGAUACAUACACUUGCACACAAGGGAAACAGAUAAAUAUAUAUUUGAGGUAGGGCGAUACUUGGUUUUUUGACAAUAAAAAGUCUGUUUUCAAACAAGACCAAGUUAUGAAUUACGGAUUAGUUUUUAUUCAUCGGAGAAAGAGAGCGAGAGAGAAGAGAGAUCGUUUUUUGAGAGGAUUUGUUUUUUUACUAAAUGAGAUAAAGAGAGAGAGAGCGAGCGAGGGAGAGAAAAAAAACGAUUUUCUAAAAGUCUUAUCGUCAAUUACUAAACUACUUAAAGAAUAAAAAAAAUGUAUCUGAUACUUGAUAGAACGAAUUGACAAGCGGAUGGAUGGAAUUCAUUUCAAAGAGACGCUUCUACACCACAGUGCAGUACAGUUCGUAUGUUAUACUGAACUUACUUGUUUGUUUUUUCACACAUACAGCGCUCGCAGAGUGCAUCUCGUGACGUUUCACGACUGCGACGUUAUAUAUAGUCAAACGAUCCAUUGUUAUAUGAAACGAGUGUGUCGCGUGAACAAAAUCACACUUUUUUUCUUAAUUCCUCCGUAGUUUUUGAUAAAGUCAAAGCGAAAUCUAAGAAAACCUUUUAUCGAAUAGAAAAAACUCAGUUAUACCAUCAAGCUUCAGUGUAGCACACUCCGUUCGUAUUUGCGUUGUCCCACACACACAUACGAGUACGUAAAGCUUUUCUUGUCAAAUCGCUCUACCGACUUAAUUCGAUCGUUGAAACUUGCAGUUUUAAGAAACAAAAAAAAAAAGAACGAUGAAAGUGAUGAAAUAAAAAGUAGACAAAAAAAACUUAAAGAGUUGGUAUGACUGACGGUAUAUAACGUUGUAUGAUUUCCGUCUCAAAUAAACAGUUGUACACUUGUACUAAUCUCGACUAUAAUUUUUCGGCGCUUAGCUUGUUGCGAAUCGUAGCUUGCGCACGAUGAGUUUGUCGAGAAGAAGAAUUAUUAUUAUUAUUGUAUUAUUAUUAUUAUUAUUAUUAUUAUUAUUAUUACGAUGAUGAAAUAUAAUCCGUUCGCAUACAAGAUCAUCCUUUGUGCGACAGCGCGAGUCUAGAACUAAAAAAAAACUGACCGUACGACUAUAAACUAACCUGUAUAUUUUUACAUAUAUAUAUAUAUAUACAUAUACAUACAAGAAAUAUAUAUAUAUUAAAGUAUAGAGAAUAAUGCCCGUUGCAAUAGGUGCAAGAAAGAUAAGAGGAAAUUAAAAAAAAAAUAAUAAGCGCAUAAGAAAACGGUAAAAAGCGAUGAUCCUCUGUAGCCUUUGAAAGAAAGAGAGCGCGAGAGAGAAAGUGAUAUAAGUAGAGAACGAAAGAGUAUGCGAGAGAGGAAUGAAGAGAAAAAUUUUGAUCGCACGCAAGACAAGGUGUGAACAAUAUUAGUUUUAUCGUUGAUUUUUUCCGUGGCGUGGCAUACGAUACUUUUUUUAUCCUACGGCCUUGGGCGCUUCGCAUUCGACUCUUUUCUUUUUUUUACAUAUAUCUAUAAUAAUCUAUAAAUCGCAUAUGUAUAAAUAUGUAUUUCAUGAACUUUGAUUUAACAAGGGACGCUCAAGGUGACAAAUGUUGCGUACUAUAAUCAAACACUGGCGAGAUAUAAGCGCUGUUUUGUUCUCGACUUCCGAUUUAUGCGAGAUAUGAGGAUAGUCGCAGGAUACGGCCAAAAACGAGACACUUUAUGUGAUCACAUGCGAAGGACAAGAAUAAGCGUAGUUGUGAAGGACAGAUAAAGAGGGAGCGAGGCGGUAAAUUCGUUGAAUAUUCAAGUUUUCAAAUUGCUAUGAGAAUCGAUGAUAAUUAUUUAUGAAGUAUGUAGGUUAUGUACGUUUCGAUUAUAUAGCUUAAGCAUAUAUUAUAGAAGAAUUUUAAAAUUAUACUCUGCGACAAUUCAAGUAUGCGAUAACAAUAUUUGAGGAUAAUCACUUGUUUAUAUAUAGGUUAUGUUUGACGAUCGAAGAUAAAUUACCAAAAUGACGAAGACGAAAUAACUACAUCUACUACGCACGCGCUGUAGACGUAUUUAUUUAUUUAUACUCGUUUAUAGGUUAUGUUUUAUUAGUUCUUAUUAAAUUGAAUUACUAUAUGACCUACGAAACCUCUAUAUUGUUGCAACUAGACCUCUUCCGCUUAAUUAGGAUGGAAUUUGGGCACACGCCAGCUCGAAAAAAGUCAUUUAGUUAGAGUGCGUUUUAUCAAUUGAUUAUGAUAAAGAGAAAGAAAAUGGGGUGAGUUGCAAUGCCUGUUGCUUGAUUGACCGCUUUUCGUUUCUCGCGUUCGUAAAACAACAUUUAUUUUUUCUUUAUUUGCAAAAAAGAAAACGUGUCACGCGUCGAAACGAAAAAGGAUAUAGGAAACAUCAGCAUCUUACACGCAGAUGGCGCGCGUGUAUGUCGUUUAUUUUUUACUGUACACGUCAGUGGAAUAUUUAAUCGUGCAAUAUUUUUCUAAUUAUUUAUCGAUUUUAGCUUUCUUUCGUAAACGAAGGCUUCUUGAAUGAAGUAUUGACAUAUUCUACAUAUACCUAUAGGAACACAUUAUAAGUGGUCAACCUCGCGUUCGGUCAGCCGCCGCCGCAAACUCGAGUAUAAGUAAGGAAAAGCUGGACAAUGCAGAAUCGAGAGGCUCGAAAUUAUUAUUAUCAUUAUUAUACUAUUAUUAUUAUUAAUUGUACUUACGGAGCGAUUUCGACAAGUUUUAUGCGAGAGAAUCGUCUGCAUAAGUACGAAGAUAACGAAAAGGAAGAGAUCAAGAUAAGUGCAGGGCGUAAGCAAUGACCGUGAAUUGAACGUAAAGAUAUAAAUGCGAAUAAAAAGCUAAUGAUAUAAGUAAACUGAAUUGAACAGAAAAUAAAAAAAAACAAUUAUAUAUUAUAUAUACACUUAUCUAUUAUUAAGUACAACAGUAUUAAUCUGUAAUAACGAUAGAAAACAAAAUACAAGAGAAGAUGCAAAGCGCGCACGAGAUUGUAACUCGAGAUGAGAGAGAGAGAGAGAAAGAGAGAGAGAGAGAGAGAGAGAGAGAGAGAGAGAGAGAUCGCGAAGGACGAGCUGAGUUGCAAGGGCGUAAAAGGGAUAUUCAUUGAUUAAUUAUUUAAAGCAAAAAAAAAAUUACAUCUUACUACGAGGUAACGUAAAAAUAUAUUAUAUUAUACAUAUGAGAACUAAAAAAAAGUUAUAUAAAUAAAUAAUUAGACUAAUGGAAGAGAUCGAGCGAGAGAACGAGAUUACGUAGAAGCAGAGCGAGGGAUGCGUUUUUUCGAAUGGGGGGAGCAUACAUAGUUGACUAUCCUAUUUUUCGUGGGAGAACUCGCUGGCCUCAUAUACACGGACGCGGAGAGAUUUUGCACGAACUGUAAAUCACAGACCGAGAAGAGUAUUAUAAUACGAGCGAGUCGAGGAUAUAGAGGAGUCGUGUGAAAGAUGAGAUCUUAGCAUAUCAGUGUGCGGCACACAUACGGAAACGCGCGAAACUUGUUUUUCUUUUUCAACUGACGCAGACUCGUGUUUUUCCGUUCGACUUUCGCUGUAUAGAACAACGUAUCUUUUUCGACGCAUCUCGUGUGUACAUGAAUUUUCAUACUCUCCUUGUAUACUUUCACAUAAGUCCCAUCGAAAAAGAUUUUUUUGCUCAACGCAAACUGAGUUGCGCAGAUUUGCUUGUUUACUUUUUAGGAAAAAAAAAAAGGAUAAUAAACAAACAAACGAGCGUGUCGUCAA